AUAAAGCCGCAAGUCGCACCGUCUCUUUCCACCUUCAGCCAUUAUGACAAUGUUAGGAGCUGUGGGACGCUGCUGCACCGGGGUACUGCAGGCUCUCAAGCCUGGGGCCCAGCCUCUGAAGGCCCUCAUUGGAUCCCCAGCCGUCCUUUCACGCCGGGACUAUGUCGCACCUGCCGCCGCCGCCACCACCGUGACGCCCGGACGCAUCGUGGCCGUCAUCGGUGCCGUGGUCGACGUCCAGUUCGACGACGACCUUCCUCCCAUCCUCAACGCCCUGGAAGUCGCAGGCCGCCCGACCAGGCUCGUCCUGGAGGUGGCUCAGCAUCUCGGGGAGAGCACAGUGCGUACCAUUGCUAUGGAUGGUACUGAGGGUCUGGUCCGUGGACAGAAGGUUGUGGACACCGGCGCCCCCAUCAGAAUCCCAGUGGGUCCCGAGACUCUGGGCAGGAUUAUGAAUGUCAUCGGAGAGCCCAUCGACGAGAGAGGUCCCAUCAACACCAAGCACACUGCACCGAUCCACGCCGAGGCCCCCGAGUUCACCGACAUGAGCGUGGACCAGGAGAUCCUGGUGACUGGCAUCAAGGUGGUGGACCUGUUGGCCCCCUACGUCAAGGGAGGAAAGAUCGGGCUGUUCGGCGGUGCCGGUGUGGGCAAGACGGUGUUGAUCAUGGAGCUGAUCAACAACGUGGCCAAGGCCCACGGUGGUUACUCCGUGUUUGCCGGCGUGGGAGAGCGUACCCGCGAGGGAAACGACUUGUACCAUGAAAUGAUCGAGUCCGGCGUCAUCAACCUGAAGGACAACACCUCCAAGGUGGCGCUGGUGUACGGCCAGAUGAACGAGCCCCCCGGCGCCCGCGCCAGAGUGGCUCUGACUGGCCUGAGUGUGGCCGAGUACUUCCGUGACCAGGAGGGUCAGAAUGUGCUGCUCUUCAUCGACAACAUCUUCCGCUUCACGCAGGCCGGCUCCGAGGUGUCCGCCCUGCUGGGGCGUAUCCCCUCUGCUGUGGGUUACCAGCCCACUCUGGCCACCGACAUGGGUACCAUGCAGGAGAGGAUCACCACCACUAAGAAGGGCUCCAUCACAUCCGUGCAGGCCAUCUAUGUGCCCGCUGACGAUCUGACUGACCCCGCCCCAGCCACCACCUUUGCUCACUUGGACGCCACCACCGUGUUGUCCCGCGCCAUCGCUGAGCUGGGCAUCUACCCCGCCGUCGACCCCCUGGACUCCACGUCCCGUAUUAUGGACCCCAACAUCGUGGGCAUAGAGCACUAUGAAAUCGCCCGUGGUGUGCAGAAAAUCCUUCAGGACUACAAAUCCCUGCAGGAUAUUAUUGCCAUUCUGGGUAUGGAUGAGUUGUCUGAGGAGGACAAACUGACGGUGGCCCGCGCCCGCAAGAUCCAGCGAUUCCUGUCCCAGCCCUUCCAGGUGGCCGAGGUCUUCACCGGCCACCUGGGAAAGAUGGUUCCCCUCAAGGAGACCAUCAAGGGCUUCCAGGGCAUCCUCAACGGCGAGUACGACAGUCUGCCCGAGCAGGCCUUCUACAUGGUCGGCGCCAUCGAGGAAGUGGUUGAGAAGGCCGCGAGGCUGGCUGAGGAGCACUCGAUGUAACCGUUAAGGGGAGGAGUCACAACAAAAGAGGGGUUCUGCGGUUAGGAGCACUUGGUUUGUAAAACAUGUCAAAAUGCAAAAUAUACUUGUCUCGUUAUCCUGAAAGAAAGUUCUAUUUAAUGUUUCCAAUGGAAGAGGGAAUAAAACGCUGUCUUUACACAAAACCACUGGUCAGCUGUAUAAUUCUCAAGCUCUUAAUAGUUGUUUAGAAUGUUGUUCAUGAAGGAUUUAAUGAAAUGCUGUUUUUUAGUCUGACCACCUGGUGGCGGUGUUGAGUCAUGUUGAACGUUCUGAAUUGUGUUGCAGCUUUUCCCCAACUGAAAUAAAACUGGACAAACGA